AUGAAUAAAGCUACGGUGGCCAAGUAUUCGGAUAUGCACCAAAUAGCUGAGAAUUUAAACGUAUCUACAAACGAAUUAAGCAUAAAGUUUCAGCAACUGGUUCCCCUCAUGAAACAAAUCGAUGAAAUAUCGGAUACAGUUGACAAAUUGGAGGCUGCCGCCUAUAAAUUAGAUGCUUAUAGCAUUGCUCUUGAAAACCGUGUGAAAUCAGUCCUUCAGCGGAAAUCAACAAUGCAUUAAAACUUUUUUAAUUUAAUAUAACAUUUUAGAUGUACGUAGUAAAAUUAAUGUAAAGUUCUCCCCUAUCCAAGUAUCAAUUUAAUGAGUAUGGCAAGAAUGUUGAGGAAUAUAAGUGGUACUAGAAAGAAAAUGUGAAAAUGAA